UUCAUUUUUGUAAUGAUACUUAGAUUCUUUAGACUUGGCUUGUAUUUAUAUAGUAAAAAAGCUUGUGAACACUCUAAAAGUCACAUGUUUUGCCUAAUCAUCAUGAAAUUUUGUCAAAACAUUAGUUAUGUGGAUGUCUCGGACGAGUUUGAAAAUGGUCGUGAUCAGUGAAAAAACAUUCACUUGUUUUUGUUAAAGCCGCCUUGGUUUUCACUUAUAAAUAAAUUCUUUGAGUGUAUUUAGGCGUCCCUGACUGAACGCCUUUAGUUAAUUGAAUUACAACCAGUCAGUAUAUUCAACCUGACCGGAAAUAAGAGUUUGUCAAAUAAAUAUUUUCGCAUUACAAAGUUACAUAACUUGCAACCGUCCUGUGACCGGUUCAUUUGCAUAAGCGAAGGAGACCGCACUACCACACCUGGAUAGGACAGUUGUGUUCGAUAAUGGUUUGGAUCGGAAACCCUUAGUCAGAAAAGUAUGUCAAGCCUAGAAGCAGGAGAGAGAGAAAGACUAAUAAAUGAUGUGGUGAAGUAUUUGUUGAUUCUUGACCAGAAGAAGAUCCCAAUUAAAAAAGCAGAUAUCAACAAGCAUGUGCUGAAGGAGAGCAGUAAAGCGUUUCCUCAUGUGAUCCGCGAAGCAGCCAAGCGCCUUGAACAUUUGUUUGGGAUCAGCCUGGUGGAGUUGGAGGACAAGCACAAGGGCAGCUUCAUACUGGUCAACAACCUGGAGCUUGAUAAGGACAGCUACCAUCUCACUUGGAGUGAGGAGGAAGAAUGCAAACAAGGGCUGCUGAUUGUGGUCUUGAGCAUAAUCUUUAUGUCAGGGAAUGUUGUAACAGACAGUCAGCUUUGGAGUGCUCUAAAGAAAUUUGGGGUGGAUCAGGACCAAACGCAUGAAGUGUUUGGCAAUGUGAAGAAGUUGAUCACGCAGGAGUGGGCUCGUCAGUGUUACCUGGAGUUGACCACGCUGCCCAAUACAGACCCACCCAUUGUUGAGGUUCGCUGGGGCCAGAGGGUGCACCAGGAGACCACCAAGAGGAAGAUACUGGAAUAUGUCAGUAAGAUACACGGUAUUGAAGACGUGUCUCAUUGGCGAAGUCAGUUUGCAGAUGUCCAGAAAUCAGAAAGGGCCGAGGGCGAUCAACCCACCACCUCCUCACAGACAACUUAGCCUUACCCAAUGUGGAAUAGGUUCCAGCCUGCAUAAAGCUGAUUGUUCUCCAGCACAGACCAAAUUAUUGUUUUUGCUGUCAUGAAAAUUGCAAAAAUGAACAGGCUAAAAACAACAAUUUAUGGUCAAUAAGAAAUUUUCAUUUUUCACCUUUAUGAAGAAAACAGAAAACAACAUUAUACAGGUUUAAUAAAUCGUGUACGAUUAAUAUGCUCAACCGUUUGCCAUAUCUGUCCAUUCAUAAAUCCCUCUUGGCAAGGUUUAUACUUUUUAUUUGACUUUUUACCAAUUUGAAAUAGUCUAAGUGAUUGUUCACCCAAUUUGUCUGAUUUGUCACAAGCAAGGCACUGUAGACAGGGUUUAAAGUCACUGACCUAUGCCAAGCAAGGCACUGUAGACAGGGUUUAAAGUCACUGACCUAUGCCAAGCAAGGCACUGUAGACAGGGUUUAAAGUUACUGACCUAUGCCAAGCAAGGUAUGUAGACAGGGUUUAAAGUCGCUGACCUAUGCCAAGAACUGUUUCUCGGAGACAUGAUUAGCUGCAAUACUCUAUACAUUCAGGAUCUUAUUCUUUGAAAUAUAUACACUAAAUUUGUAUGCAUUAAACUUAAUCAUGUUUUGAAAGUUUCCAUAUGCCAAAGAUGUUUUAUGCCAUAAUAGAUAGUGCAAUUGAAAAAAAGUUUAGUUUGUUAAUUA